CGGCCUCUCGGCGGUGGCGCGGCGGCGGCUGCACGCGGCGCGGCCAUGGCGGACGGGGACGCUGCCGGCGUGAAGAAGCGGAGGAAGAAGGACAAGCGGGCGCUCGCCGAUGAGGAUGUGGCGGACAUUCAGCACACCGAGGAGUUUCUCAUCAAGCCCGAGUCCCGGGUUGCUCAGCUGGACACGUCUCAGUGGCCGCUGCUGUUGAAGAACUUUGACAAGUUAAAUGUGAGGACAGCACACUACACACCUCUUCCUUCUGGUGCUAAUCCCUUGAAGAGAGAGAUUUCUGACUAUGUUAGGUCUGGCUUCAUUAACCUUGACAAGCCUUCCAAUCCAUCUUCCCACGAGGUGGUUGCGUGGAUCCGCCGCAUCCUUCGCGUGGAGAAGACCGGCCACAGUGGCACCCUGGAUCCCAAGGUCACUGGCUGCCUCAUCGUGUGCAUCGAGAGGGCAACACGCCUGGUGAAGUCCCAGCAGAGUGCAGGCAAAGAGUAUGUGGGAAUUGUUCGGCUGCACAAUGCAAUUGAAAGUGAGGCUCAGCUUGCCAGGGCAAUAGAAACCCUGACAGGGGCCCUGUUCCAGCGACCACCUCUCAUUGCUGCUGUCAAACGACAACUGAGAGUCAGAACCAUCUAUGAGAGCAAACUGGUGGAGUAUGAUCCUGAGAGAAGAUUAGGUAUCUUCUGGGUGAGCUGUGAAGCAGGCACCUACAUCAGAACCCUCUGUGUUCAUCUUGGCUUGCUGCUUGGUGUGGGCGGCCAGAUGCAGGAGCUGCGCAGAGUGCGCUCGGGCAUCCUGGGAGAGAAGGACAACAUGGUGACCAUGCAUGAUGUCCUGGAUGCUCAGUGGCAGUAUGACAACAACAAGGACGACAGCUACCUGCGCAGGGUCAUCCUGCCCCUGGAGAAGCUGCUCACCUCCCACAAGCGCCUGGUCAUGAAGGACAGUGCAGUCAAUGCCAUUUGCUAUGGAGCCAAGAUCAUGCUGCCUGGGGUCCUGAGGUAUGAAGAUGGGAUUGAACUUAAUCAGGAGAUUGUUGUCAUUACCACCAAAGGAGAAGCUAUCUGCCUAGCCAUUGCCCUGAUGACCACAGCAGUGAUUUCCACCUGUGACCAUGGCAUUGUGGCCAAGAUCAAGAGAGUGAUCAUGGAGAGAGACACGUACCCCCGCAAGUGGGGGCUGGGCCCCAAGGCCAGUCAAAAGAAGAUGAUGAUCCAAAAGGGUCUGCUGGACAAGCAUGGGAGGCCCAACGAGAGCACUCCGGAUUCCUGGAAGGACGAGUAUGUGGAUUACAGGGAAGCUGCUGAGAAAGAGGCAGCUGCUGUUCCUCGAGCUGCUUCAGAGCCAGAGAGGGCUCCAAAGAGGAAGAGAGAGGUGGAGAGUGAGAGUGAUGAGGCUGUGAGCCCACCAUCCCCUGCCAGCCCCCCACCAGAGGAGCUGAGCAAGAAGGAGAAGAAGAAGAAGAAGAAAGAGAAGAAGGCCAAAGAGGCAGCUGAGAGUGGGGGAGAGCAAAUAGAAAUGACCAGUGAGACCAGCACAAAGAAGAAGAAGAAGAAGAAACAGAAGGAGGUAGAAGAGAGCUCAGAGUAACUGCCUGGAUGUGUCCAAAGCAGGCAGCCUCGUGGGCAGGCUGAGGACAGGACUGGCUUCACAGCAGAGGGGCCAGUGAGCUCCAAGUUCCUUUUCUGCUGUGGAUGUGAGUGGGUGUGUUUGCCUGGGAUACACCCUGCUCCUCAUCCUGUUUUAAGGGUUGCCAGAGGAGCAGGGCCCCUGCACUGCACUGCUCUCUGAACACUGGGAUGCCAAUGGAAGUGGUACCUUCAGGGCAGCUGCAGCUCCUGGCCCUUCCUUGGGAUCUCUGUUUUCACCCAGAGAGGGAGGACUGACAUUUCUCCUCCCUCUCAUCCUGCCUCUUUCUUCCUUUUCUCCCAAAGCUGGGGUUGUUACCUGACAGUUGCAGAAUGUCUUGAUGUCAGGAGGACUGGCUUUGGCAGGGCCCAGCUGGAUGGGUCACCUCAGUGGUUUGAGGGGCUGUGCUUGGUGUGAAGCUGGCCCUGUGCCUGGCCUGACCCUCAGCUCCAUGGCAUCAAACAGUCCACCCAGAUACUCUUUCUCAUAAAUGGAUUAGAACAUGAAGUUCCUGCUUUUCCCUUUAGAGUGCAAGGACCUGCUUGUGAGCUGUGGGCUCAUCCCCAGUGCCCCAGGAGCCUUGUCAGUACACACCUCUUGCUGCCCCUUUGCUCCACCCAGGUGCUGGGAUGGGGCUGCAGGGCUCCAGGCUGCCCUGCUUUGGAUAUCCACUGUGCUCUGAAGUAGGGCUGCUGCUGGAGGGGAGAAGCAAAGGGGCCAGAAGGUGGUUGUCAACAGGCUCUUCUAAAGGGCUCUUGGGACUGGAGUGUGAGGAAGAGCCUGGGCAGAGGCAGCUCUGUGUGGGGCACUGGCUGUGGGGCUUGGGGCAGUUUCUCAUAGACUUGUCAUUUCUUUAUGUGGGGUGGGCAGGAAUUCCCUUCUCUGUCACAGGGGUAGUGCUAAGCCAGGAUUUUAACCCAGGCUGCUUCAUCCCUGCAGAGGGUUCUGUACCAUGGCUCAGCUCUGUGCAUUGCUUUAGGUGUAAGCAUCUGACUCCAGUUCUAGAGACCCAGGCAGGCAGUGGGGCAGCAGCUGGGGCCUGGCUGAACCCCAGACAACUGUUAUUUACCCUUUUUUUUUACAUCCAAAUAAAAGCCCUAUUUUUGAGUGGG